AUGGCGGCGACGCGGGCGCAGACCGACGGCCCUCCGGUGGGGGCAAAGUGCAAAGUGAAACUGCCGAAGCUCGAGUUACAACGAUUUAGCGGCGCCGCCACGGAGUGGCAGUCCUUCUGGGAGCAGUUCGAGCAAGCGGUGCACGGAAACGACGGCCUCUCCAACGUAGAGAAGUUUCUGUACUUGCGAUCGGUGCUUUCGGGAAAAGCCGCAGCGGCCAUUGCCGGCAUUCAAGUGACUGGGGCAAAUUACACCACUGUCAUCGAACUUCUGAAAGAACGCUUCGGUCGACGAGACGUGCUGAUUCAAGAACACCUGACUCAGUUACUCGAAUUGCCACCGGUACAGAACGAAAAGGAGCACAUCGGCCUACGUCGACUCUAUGACCACCUGCAACGCCAUAUCGCUGGUCUCACGGCGCUCGGUGUCAAGACAGACAGUUACGGCGCCCUACUCUCCUCCGCACUCCUACGAAUGCUGCCAACCGAUCUUGUUGUCGAAUACUAUAAGGGACUUUCCGCUGCAAGCAAAGAUGACGCGAUCAGCAUCAAGAGUUUGCAAGCUUUUCUUAAAACAGAAGUAGAGAGCCGGGAAAAGGCACUGCAAGCUGGUAAUCUCGCAGCCAGAGAAUCAAAACAUCGAGACAAAGAAAAGAGCAAACCUCAAAAAGGGUCAGCAGCUUCUCUUUUUUCUGCGGGUACUUCGAAGCUGUCCGAUCCAUGUGCAUUCUGUGCUGCAAAAGAUCAUGCGACUCACAAUUGCCAGGCGAAGAUCUCAUUGGAUGAAAAGAAGAAAAGGCUCACUGCAGCUGGCCGGUGCUUCCGAUGCUGCAUAAAAGGACACACUUCAAGGGAAUGCCGCAACAAAAGAAUAAAAUGCAAGCAAUGUGGCAGAAGACAUCUGACUCAGAUGUGUGACCCGACAUGGGAGCCACCCGAGAAUAAAGCCACAGAGUUGCACUCUUGGACAAAAAAGAAAUCUGAAAAGGUACCAACUGUGCUGCUCCAAACCGCUCAAGUGUGGGCAGAGGGACGAAGAAGAGCACUCACCCGUCUACUCUUUGACGGAGGUAGCCAACGAAGCUUUGUCACUAAAAGACUUUCACGUGAACUGCAACUCGAGGUUGUAGGUGAAGAGGACAUCACAAUCUACCCAUUCGGAGGAGCAGGAAACAUUAUCAAAGAGAAGCGCAGAAGAGUAAAAAUUUGGCUAAGAAGUCAAUACGACCGUAAAGAGCACUCUAUCGAAGCUCUGGAAAUACCGGAGAUCUGCUCUGAUCGGCUUCACGUUCCUGAGGACAUCCUAAAAGAGGUGCAAGCGGACAUGGAUGAACUGGCAGAUAUGACUGUUGCGCCAGCCCAUUUGAUGGGAGGCGGGAUCGACAUUCUUAUCGGUGCUGACUAUUACUGGACUUUGGUGUGUGGUGAAGUAAAGAAGCUGCAAGGCGCACUAGUUGCUGUAAAGACCGAAUUUGGCUGGACUCUGCAAGGAGCGAUUCCCAGCAGUAGCUCAGCUGCCUACUGCUCAACCGUGGCAGUGCUGCGUGCCGGAGUGUUCGCCGACACAACCAGCUUGUCCAAGGAGCUUAAAUCGUUCUGGGAACUUGAGAGCAUUGGAAUUAUCGACUCUUGUGCCCAAACGAGCGAAGAAAGCGAAGAAGUCAUGAGCACCUUUUCGGCAUCGGUAGAGAAAAUGAACAAGCGCUAUGAGGUAGCACUGCUCUGGAAACCCUUGAACAUGCAACUCGCCGACAACAAAGCUGUUGCAAAGAAGCGCUUGACUAACCUAGCUCACAAAGAAGUUAAUGAAAGAUGA